AUGGAAAGUUUAGAUAAUAUUAUAGAAGAUAUAGAUGAUAGAUCAAAUCUAUCAGAAGGAAGUAUUACUACGCUUAAAAUCUCUACCGGCGAAACAGUUGAUAAGUUAAGAAUUAUGAUUAGAGAUAGGAAAGAUAAAUCAAUUGAAAGCCAAAUUGAAGAAUUUUCUGAUAAAAAACGUCUAAAUGAAACAGGAAUGCCUUAA